AUGGCAUCUGUAACUUCUAUUGUCGAUUUGAAACCGUUCAAAACCAGCUGGACGAUCAAGGUGAAGGUUAUUCGAUUGUGGAAACAAACAACUGGUGGUGGUGGUGAGACCAUUGAUAUGGUUCUGUGCGAUGUUAAGGGAAAUAAAAUUCAUGCUUCAGUGAAGAAGGAGUUGGUGGCUAAAUACGAUCCCUUCCUGAAAGAAGGACACUCAAACAUGUUCAUCAAUUUCUCCUUGGUGCAUUCUGUUGGUUCGUAUAGAACAACAACGCAUCCUUACCGGAUUAGUUUCCUAUCCAAAACCCGUGUCCUACCCAGUGAACAACUGCCGGGGGAACUUUGCGGAUUCCAACCCGUGAAGUACAACGAAGUGCUUGACGGCAGUCUAAAUCCGGAUUAUUUAAUUGAUAUAAUCGGCCAUAUUGUUAAGGUUAGUCACAUUGAACAUGUUAAUGUCAAUGGACAGGAGACAGAGAAACUCUGUGUGGAAUUGCGAAACUCCGAUGAUGAAAGAAUUCCAUUGGUGCUGUGGGGAAAUGCUGCAUGUGAUGUUAAUUAUGCAAUCCAGGUGCGAAGCGAGUACACAACCAUAUGUGUCUUGCGUUUUGGAAAAAUCAACGUGUGGAAUGGAGAACUAUGUGUCAGCAAUGCUUUUAAUAUCAGUGAUAUUGUAUUGGAUCCGGCGAUGACUGAGGUUAACAAUUUCCUUGCUAGUUUGCCAGAGGAUGAUCUCCCUUUAGCCAUUGUGGAGUCACAGUAUGAAGCCGGGGUAAACGGUUCCUCAGAUGGAGAUGCUUCCUUCCGCCCUACACCUAGAAAAACACUUGCGGAGGUUUUACAAACAAAACAGGUUGAGAAGUGUAUUGUGCUGUGCACAGUCGCUGCCAUUGAUGCGGACAUGGGGUGGUUCUACUGGACAUGCAAAGUGUGUUCUAAGGAAGUCUGGAGUGUGCCAAAGUAUAAGGAUGAUGUGCUCGAGCAAUGUUGUUAUUGUGCAACGUGCAAUACUUACAAUCCAAAAACUGAUACUAGGUAUCGGUUGCAUUUGGUUGUGCUUGAUAACACAACCAACACUAAGUUUGUGUUGUUUGAUAAUCAUGUUGCUCAACUACUCAAUCAACCAUUGUUACAUGUUGGUGGACCAUCCGAUAAACCGGAGAUUGCCCGAACAGAUGUCCUCCUACACGCGCUUAACACUGUAGUUGGUAAAACAUACCUCUUCAAGAUAGGAAUUGAACGAGAGAAUCUACUCAACAAACACCAAUCGUACCCGGUCUUAAAGCUAAUUACAGACAAGAAUUCGAAAAAUCGGUAUCAGGACAUUGGUUGUACGAAUGCAGCUGAAGGCACCAACAUUGAUAGUAUGGACAUUCACUCCGAUUUAGCAGAUAUGUCAGAUUCUUUUGCUAUGAGGCCUGCUAAACGAAUAAGGGCCUUGAACAGGGACUUUGGUGAGAGCAAUGCUCAGAAUUCGGGAUCAAACUGUUUCAGUUCCGUCAUGAUCAAGAAGGAGAAGUUAGACAAAAGUGGCUAA